GACUACAUUCAAACAUCCUGAGACAAUAACAACAAAAUAGCGAAUGCCUUUUCGAAUAAGUGCAAUCACAGGACAAGCAGUUAGAGGAAGUAAGAUGGAGCCUGUAAAGCCGAUACAUAUCACGACACCGUCCACUACCCUGCUUGCGCGGGUGAGGACAAUGGUUCCCCCGAUGCUGGAAAAGUUUCAUAAAGGUCAAUUGGGUCGUGUUGCGGUCAUUGGUGGGAGCGCUGAUUAUACGGGGGCACCGUACUUUUCGGCAAUGGCUUCUGCGAGGUUAGGCUGCGAUAUGAGUCACGUCAUCUGCGAGAGAUCAGCUGCACCGGUAAUAAAAGCAUAUUCACCAAAUCUAAUGGUCCACCCCAUUCUACCCAGCACUGUAUCAGUCUCAGGACCAGACGCCAAAGAUCUAGCAUCUCUGGCCAGCCCCAUUCUUGACAUGCUACCACGUCUACACGUGCUCGUCAUCGGACCCGGCCUGGGCCGAGACGGCGUCACUCAGAAAGUCGUGAUAGAAAUCAUGAAAGAAGCACGCAAUAAAUCAGUGCCUUUUGUCCUUGAUGCUGACGGAUUGAUGCUUGUCAUUGAGAAACCGGAUCUUGUCAAGGGGUAUAAGGAAUGCAUUCUCACCCCUAAUGUUGUUGAGUUUGGUAGAUUGGCGAAAGCUCUUGGUGUGCAGGUACCUACUGCAAAGGACCAGGAUGAUGAGAAGGAAUUGAGCAAGGCGUCAGAAGCGUGCGAGAAGCUUUCCCAGGCCUUGGGUGGAGUUACUAUCAUUCAGAAGGGGUCUAAGGAUGUGAUUUCUAAUGGUGUCACGAGUAUCAUAUCCGAUCUCCGAGGUGGAUUGAAGAGAAGUGGUGGACAGGGCGAUACCUUAACCGGUUCACUUGGAACACUAAUGGCCUGGCGCGCAGCAUACCACGAUGGUCUAUGGGACACAGGCGAGAAAUCCUCAAAUAAAACCCCAGCACAAAGCAAGGACGAAGUGCAAGCCGAACUAGAGAAUAAGGAUACAAAAAUGUCCCCUACGACAACCCUCCUUUUAGCGGCCUAUGCCGGAAGUGCAAUUACGAGGGAUUGCUCGAGACGGGCUUUUGAGACUAAGGGGAGAAGUUUGCAGGCUAGUGAUUUGACGGAUCAGGUUCAUGAGGCGUUUUUGGAUUUGAUUGGGGAGCCUGAGCAGUCGAAACUGUAGAUAUUGUGUUCUUAUGUGAAUAGCUUUAUGGAAAUGACCAUCACGUACCUGGCGCUUCAUGA